GCGUGGUAUCCAUCGGAUGGCUCUGGAUAGAGAGCCGUCAGAAGAGUGCUGUUGGCUCCUUCAUUUUCCUCGAGCAAGUUGAACGCCAACGCAGCCAGUGCUUUCGGUAGGAAGCAGCGCUUGCGAGGUGGGGUGCGUGCUUUGUUGUACCCGCCUUGAGCUUGUUUGGAAGUUGUCCUGCGGGCGCGCGCCCGUCCGGCAGCCAAGACGCCCUCCUGCAAACGACAUCUGUAGCAACGAAGUUCCUCUCAACAUUUGAGAGCACUUGUUUCGCAAAGCGCUUCUCCCGCCACAUACAGUCGAAUCCACCUGGUUGACUCACGGGUUGACUUCGGUCUCAUUCGACAGCACGACGACCUGUCGCUAGAAGACGCAGGACAAGCACAAGGCGGACGCUAGAGCAAGCUCGCUCCGUUUUGAUUCUGAGAAACUCUUCCCGCCUUGGAAGCAAGUACGGUCUCUUUCGAGCAGCGCGGUAGAGUAAGGCCGGCACGAUGGCAGCGGCAGUAGCGCAGUGGCAGCCGGACCAAGGGAUCCUCCAGCAAUGCAUCAGCAUGCUGGAGGACACGUCCAACACGUCCCGCGAAGUUCAACUCGGUGUAACAGAUCGGUUAAACCACAUGAGCAAAUUACCAGACUACACCAGCUACCUCACCUACAUCUUCACACAUUUCUCGCCAAACGAGUUCUCCGCAAGUCCCAUAGCGGGUAUCAUCGUCAAGAAUGAGAUUAACGAGCAGCACAACUCCAUCCCAACACAGAGCAUCGAAUACAUCAAGAGCGUCAUCUUCCCCGUCCUCCGCUCGUCCGAUGAGAUUCUCCGGCGGACAGCCGGUCUGGUCGUUGUCGCUUUGCUCAACGCCGAAGGGCUCGAAGGGUGGCCGCAAGGUGUGAUGGAGCUCAUCAACAUGAUGAACUCGCAAGAUCCAAGCACCAUGGAGGGUGCAUUCAAUGUCUUUGCAAAGCUCUCAGAAGACAUGCCGCAAUUGUUAGAGACAUGCACGAUCAACGGUAUGCGGCCGAUCGAGGGAUUGAUCCCUGGAUGGAUCCAGGCAGCGGAAUACCACGAGAAGCGGAUACGAGCGCAUGCGCUUAAUUCGUUAAAUCGCAUGACAGACAUUGCCUCUCCCACGCUCUUGCAGCAUAUCGAUUCAUACAUCCAAGCCCUCUUCCGCCUCGCCAGCGAUCCAGAGGCGAACGUCCGGCGGUUCGUGUGCCAGGCGUUCGUAUGCAUCCUCGGCGCGCGGCCCGAUAAGCUGAUACCCGAGCUGCGCGCCGUCGUCGACUACAUGAUCUAUUCUACACAGGACAAGGACGAGGACACGGCACUGGAAGCGUGCGAGUUCUGGCUCGAGUUUGCAGAAGACGACGCGAUCUUUGUCCAGCUCGCGCCGUACCUCGGCCAGAUUCUGCCCGUGCUGCUCAAGUGCAUGGUUUACAGUGAGGAGGACCUGAUGAUCAUGGGCGGCGAUGAGGACGAUGCAGAUGUGCCCGAUCGGCCAGAGGAUAUCCGGCCGCGGCAUUAUGGCGGUGCAGAUCACCGGAACGAGCGGCUGGAUGAAAAUGGGCAGCCGAUAGAUGGCCAAGGAACGAGCAAGUCGCGAGCGGUCAUCGACGCGGAGUUCGACGCGGAGGAGGAAGACUAUGAUGAUGACGACGAUGAGGAGGACGACGAAAGUGUCGGCGAGUGGAAUUUGCGCAAGUGUUCUGCGGCGGCGCUGGACGUGUUGGCGCUUAAGUUCAACGAUGCGAUGCUCGAGACGCUCUUUCCGCAUCUCAAGGACCGUAUCUUCAGCCAAGAGUGGAUGGAGCGCGAAGUCGGCAUCCUCGCGCUCGGUGCCAUUGCCGAGGGCUGCAUCGGCGGCGUUGAGCCGCACCUACCGACGCUGAUCCCAUUCCUGAUCAACUCGCUCAACGACUCCAAGCCGCUUGUGCGCUCCAUCGCCUGUUGGACAUUGGGACGCUACUGCCGCUGGUGCAUCGCCGACACGUCCGAGCAGCACCUCAACACAUACUUUAUCCCACUAAUGGAGGGCCUACUGCGCAUGGUGCUCGACGGGAACAAACGCGUGCAGGAAGCAGGCUGCAGUGCUUUUGCGACGCUCGAAGAGGAAGCAGGCCCAAUCAUCGCGCCGUAUCUUGGGCCUGUGCUGACCGGGUUGGUGACGGCGUUCCAGAAGUACCAACGGAAGAACCUGCUUAUCCUCUACGACGCCAUCGGCACGCUCGCAGACUCGGUGGGUGCCGCGCUCAAUCGGCCGGAAUACAUCAACAUCCUUCUGCCGCCGCUCAUCCAGAAAUGGCAGGCGCUUUCCAACGAGGACGCGGACCUCAUCCCACUGCUCGAGUGCCUCUCGUCUGUCACGAUCGCAGUCGGUGAAGGUUUUGCGCCGUUCGCGCAACCCGUCUUCCAGCGCUGCGUACUCAUCGUCGACGAGGUCAUCAAGCGCUAUCAGGCGGGCACCGCCGAUGAAUACGACGACGGCAAGACAUUCGUCAUCGUCGCGCUCGAUUUGCUCAGCGGCUUAACGCAGGGCUUGCAGGGCUUAGCGAGGGAACUGGUCGGCUCCACGCAGCCUUCCAUCCUACCGCUGCUCAGCUUGUGUGUACAGACCCCGGAAUCCUCGAUUCGGCAGUCAGCGUAUGCGCUCCUCGGUGAUUUGGCCAUCUCUGCAUUCGAUCUCUUGCGACCAUCGUUGCCGCAGAUCAUGCCUGAGCUGGUCUCUCAAAUCGAGGAUCAACCCCAACCGGAAAACGUGAGCGUAUGCAACAAUGCAGCCUGGGCCACUGGUGAGAUUGCGCUGCAGUACGGCUCGGAUCCAGAGCUGCACCAGUGGGUGCCUCCGUUGAUGGAGCGGCUGGUCCCCGUGCUGCUCAACCCAAAGAGCGUCAAAAGCCUGACGGAAAAUGCGGCGGUCACAAUUGGGCGAUUGGGGCUCGUUUGCCCGGAGCUCGUCGCGCCGCACCUUGAAAUUUUCAUAGAGCGCUGGUGCCAGGCGCUGUGGGACAUUAAGGACAACGAGGAGAAGGACAGCGCUUUCAGGGGUCUCUGCCAGAUGAUUAAAGUCAACCCCAAUGGAGUGGCCAAGUCAUUUGUCUACUUUUGCAUGGCGGUCGUGCGCUGGACUACUCCGAGCGCGGAGCUCAAUAAUAUGUUCAUCAGCAUCCUAACCGGGUUCAAAGAUAUGAGCGGAGCGCAAUGGGAAGAGCAAAAAAAGCACUUCCCACCACUGAUCGUUCAGCGGCUGCAGAGUCGGUACGGCCUCUAAUGCGCGAUUUCAACAACUGCGGAUCCUCCUUUGCAUGCAACAAGUCCUUGCUCUCGCUUCUCUCCCUGCCCCACCUCCCUCGGGUACAAGCAAACUAUGUCAGGCACGUCUGGGGCCGAUUGCACCUUUCAUGUACAAGCAGCACAAGGGGACCGGAUUGGGCCCACCCUCAGAAGCAGCAACCACCCGCACACACAUCUGUAGAACAGACAAAGCAUUAUAUCCUCAUC